AUCACGGCGCGAUGACCGUUCCCUGCCAGCAGAGCCCGGUGCUGGCAGGCAGCGCCACUUUGGCCGCCCUGGGGGCGCUGGUCCUGUACCUCGCGAAGCCCUCCGGCUACGGGAAGUACUCGGAGAGCCUGAUGCCCGCCGCUACCCGCCUGCCCGCCCGCGCCGCCUGGUUCCUGCAGGAGCUGCCCUCCUUCGCGGUGCCCGCGGGGAUCCUUGCCCAGCAUCCACGCUCGCUCUUCGGCCAGCCUGCGACGGUGCUCCUGGGCCUCUUCUGCGCACAUUACUUCCACAGGGUGGGGGCAGGCUGGUUCUGGGAUCCCGAGAGAGUCUACGUACGGGCAUCUCCCAAAGGAAACCGGGCUCAGAGCGGCCGAUAA